AAAAGCACAAGGCGCAACAGAAGAAGAGAGCUAAAAUAGAAAAGUGUAACACUGCGGAGGGCAGACUUCCACUCUUCACACACUGAGGAGGACUGCUGGAGCCUUUUCUUUACCGGGGGGUUGAUGCUCUGGAUAGAGUGGAGGGUGAACACAACUCCACAUACAUCUCAGUGAGGCCUUGCGGUGGUGAGUAAUAAUGAUGGCGACGGCGGGGCCUCCCAGCAACUCCAGCUUCCUCCCUCUGCUGGAGUCUCUGGAGGACGGUGCUGCCGGACAGUCGGAACAAACAGAUGCCUACCUCACAAUCGCCAACCGGCUCAGCGGAGAGGAGGGCCGUCAGUUUCUCCCUGCAGUUGAAAAGCACUUUCCUCGUUUGGGUAAAGCCAUCUUGGCUCACAUAAGCAGUCCCAACACCGACCUGUGCCAAGCUGCCUUGCAAGCUUUAGGGUUCUGCGUGUAUCAUUCUCACGUGGUCUCUGGAGUGCCUGAAACCUUCGCAUCAGAAAUACUAUCAGCACUUUGCUCCUUGGUGGUGAAAUCGACAGAUAAGAAUACGUGCACUAGAGCAUUAUGGGUCAUCUCCAAACAGAGUUUUUCUCCAGAUGUGGUAACAAAAAAAGUGCCUCGUAUACUGGAGACUCUGGAGAGCGUGUGGAGCAGAGAGGACGUCCAGUCUGUUGUAAUGGAGCAUGAAGCAUUGAACGUUGUCAUCAGGCUGCUGGAGCACGUGCCGAAGCAGAUGGGCGAGGGAACGGUCCGGUGGGCGAAACUGGUCAUCCCGCUGGUGGUGCACUCUGCCUCCAAGGUGCGCCUACGAGCCGCGGCGGCCAUGGAGCUGGGCAUGCCUCUGCUGCUGGAGAAACAGACGCAGGUGGCCGGCAUCAUUGAACCCAUCAUGUCUUCGAAACUGAUCCCAGAGCUGCAAAAGCUUUUCAUGUCCAAGAAUGAAACAAACGUCCUGAAGCUGUGGCCUUUAUUCGUUAAACUUCUAGGGAAGCUGCUCCACAAAGGAGGCCCCUUCAUCAACUCCCUGCUGCAUCUGGAGGAGCUCGGUUUCCGUAGCUCGUCUCCCACCAUCAAGAAAAUCGCCUUCCUCGCCUGGAAAAGCCUCAUAGACAACUUUGCCCUCAAUCCAGACAUCCUGUGUAGCGCCAAACGCAUGAAGCUCCUGAUGCAGCCCCUCAUAUCCAUCAACGUGAAGACGGAGGCCCUGAUGCUCACCAAGGUGGAGGUCUGGUGGUACUUGGUGGUGCAGCUGGGAGCCAACCUGUCGCCCAACUUUGAUCAGGUUUCUGUCCCUCUGCUCCAGUCCACCAUUGCAGCAAACUCCUCUUCUGUCCCAGGCACCCCCGCUAGAGCUCAAAACGGGGUAUCAACACCAGGCACACCCAAGACUGCUACUGCCGGCACCUCAGGCUUCAACAGCUCGGCCAACGCCACCCUGAUGAGCCUGAACUCCAGCGUCCAGGCUCCCACCACCUUCCCCUCCAUCCAGGUGCUGGGGCUGGAGAUGCUGCUUCAUUAUUUCCUGGGACCAGAGGUUGUUACCACGGCAGCAAAGCACAAAAUCAUCCUGAGUCUCGAGCCUUUGAACCACCCGCUCCUCUAUGCCGCCUCCUCCUUCACUAAACACGCCGCCGCGCUCAUCUCAAACAUCAGAGACGGCAUCACCAGCGUCGGCCAAGAAGCCCCAGAAUCCCUUUUGUCUGUCUUAUGGACCAAUCUCGUUCGUUUUGUCAGCUUAACUAUCGAGUCUGUAGGCAGUAAGAAGGACCGUCAGGGCUGUGAAGUUCUGACUCUGAUGCUUCAGGCUCUGCAGAGCAUCGUCACCUCUGAAGCUCUGCCUGCAGACAGAGUCCUGAUUCUGUUUGAAGCCACAGUGAAAGGCGUUCCCCAGAGAGUCCUCGGCUCUGCCUCCUACCAAGUGGGCAAGAUGGACGUACUGAAUGGAACGCCGGCUCUGUACCUCGUUCUUCUCCUGUUCAACAGCAGCAUGCUCCCUGCAUAUAUAGAGGAUGAGAGGUUUUUUCACUGCCUUCAGACUCUGGUGGGCUGUGGCCUGUCUGGUCCCACGUCCCCUCUGGCGUUUGGGGAAGCGGUGCUGGGCGCCAUGAGCAACAGCGCCGCGACUCUGCAGAACAAGGAGCAGCUGUUGAGGAUGUGGAGCGUGAUGGUCAGCCCGCUCACAGACACCAUCACACAGUCUAAUGAAGUCAACCAAGGUGAUGCCCUGGAGCACAACUUCAGUGCCUUGCACUCUGCCCUGCUGUUCCCAGUCACUCAUCUGCUACGUGGUGCUCCUCUACAGCAGGCAUCCCAGAAGUCCAUGCUGUCUACGUGGUCCAAACUGUACAAGGUGUUUGCCCGCUGCUCAGCGCUGGUGGUCACAGCGGAGGAAAACAUCUGCUGUGAAGAGUUCUGUGCAAAGAUGGCCGCCACAAUCGACAAAGAUGCCCUAACGGCUCCUUCGACAUUGAACGCCGUUGCCAGUAUCCUCCAGGUCGUGGUGGAGUGUGUGGACUUCUCUCCAUACACACCUCAUUUUCAGCAAAAGCUUAAGUCUCCUCACACUCCUGUAAUCUGGACAAGAAAGAGGAAUAAAGCUCUGGGGAACUUGUCCACCUUCCAGUCGCUGCUGAUACAAUGUCUAGACGUCUAUCUGGAGGACCCCGAGGCUUCCGCUGAGCCCACAGGAUUGGCCCUGGUCUCCAUCCUGUCUGCUCUCUUCACAAACCUGGUCCUCGCUAUCGCUGUCCAGGAGGCGCUAACAUCUCUGAUUCAGCCUCUCACUGUCUUCUACAAACAGGCUGCCACCGAGCCGCCUAAAUUCACCUCACAGAUUCUGGCAAAGUUGGAGAAGCUACUCGGGGAAGUUCUCGGCUGCCUGCAGAGCAGCUCCACUUUGGCCUGCGAUGAUGAACUCUUGGCUCUGCUGUCUCCUCUGCUUUGUGUGGUAUUUCCUCACAAGAACAAGCAGGUCCGCACGUCCGUCGCCCACUUCUGGAACUCUACCUUCGCCAACUCUGUCAGCCUCGCUUAUCCAGAUGAGCUCAGACCAAUCCUGAGCCAAGUAAAGCAAAAGACUCCAAUCAUUCUUCCUGGCUUUGAGGCAGUCAGUGUUCCUGAUGAGCUCAGUGGACAGUAUUCAAGCGAGAGUUCCCAGAUGGAGACCAAGCUCAGCGGUAUUACAGUUUCUUCUGUGGGCAAGAGAGACUCACUGCUGGGAAAGACUCCUGAGCUUAAAGACAGGAGGUCCGCAAAGACUUCCAAGCCAGUUUCUACAAAACUGGAUUUUGGCUCUCCCAAGCCUCCCCGCAGAGAGGUUUUGGAGGAAGAGGCCUCUAUUGACUUUGUCUUCAUUCCUCCUGAGACGACGAAAGAGAGAGUAUUAACAGAGCACCAGAAGGAAGUGAAGAGGACUAAAAGGGUUGACAUCCCAGCCAUGUAUAACAACCUUGAUGCUUCUCUGGAUACCACGGUGUUCAGCCAGUACACACAGAGCCAAGAAGAUUCAGUGGGCAAACUGCCAACUGAACAAGAGGACAUGGUUGCCAAGGAGGCUCCAGGCAAGGUUUCUCAGGAAGCUGUGGCAAAUGAGGAAGAAGCUGACGUUCAAACAAAAGAGACUCAAGACUACAUGAGCCCCACAGCAGUGGAGAAUCAGACAGAAAACCACAAAGAGGAAGAGAUGAUACCCCAGUCGGCAGAUGUUUCAAUGGAAGAGGACGCCAAGAAUAUCAGCACAGAAGACAUGGAUACAAAUGCUAAAGAGGGCACCAGUCCCAACAUCUCAGGCUCUUCAGAUUUGGUCUCAGGAACUCCUCAGAAACCCUGCAGCCGUCGCCAAUCCUUUAUUACUUUGGAGAAGUACACUGAGGGUAAAUCUGCUAGCCCCAAAUCUGCAUCUACGUUUACAGGUCCCCUCAUAAAGACCACCAAUAGCCAAGAACGCAGUGACGGCCUCAAAACAUCCACCCCUCAAGCUUCCCAGACAGUCACUGGCCCAAACUCUCAGGACUGCCAUUCCUCACAGACAGGACAAAUUAACUCGCAGUGUCUUGAGAACAAUCUCCAAGAGUCUCCUCGAAGGCCCAAAGUAGACUCUGGGAAGAAAAGUAAGCCUGUAAGGCUAACUGAUAGACUGCCAAGUGACGCAACAGAGGAUGAAGAUGUUAUCCCAGACACCCAGACUGAAGCUGAGGUUAAGGAGAGUACAGAAAAGUCUUCUACAUUAGAGGAAAAUUACCCCUCAAGCCAGGAAGGUGAAUCUCAACAGAGUCUGGAUGAAUCUCAAUCCUCCGAGACCCAGACCUCUCCAGGUGAACCCAGACGAUCAGGACGCCCCAGAGUCAGACCUCUGCUGCCUGGAGAGAAUACAGAGGAACAGGAAGAGAAACACAUGCAUUUGAAAAGGAGACGUUCUGGAGAGGAAAAUAAAGGGUCAACCCCACUACAAGGCAGACCAAACACGAGAAGUAAACAGGCUGCUGAGGAGGAUAGUGGCAGAAGACGAACAAGGGCUCAAAGUGACUUGAACAAGUCCAGUCAAACUAACUCUCAGGGUAGAUCGUCGAAGAAGAUCAGACUGUUCAACAAUUCUCAGGAUUUCCUUGCUAAACCUGAACACAAAAGGAGAAGUGCCAGAGAUCAGGAGUCCAGCCAAACUGACACACAAUCUGAGCAUGAAAGUCAGUCACAGAAAAGGCCUCCGGGUCGUCCACGCAAAUCAUUGGAGAAAAAAAUUUUGCCUGACAAAGAGUCCAGCCAAACCAACUUACAAUCAGAUACACAAUCUGAUUAUGAAAGUCAGUCACAGGAAUGGCCUGAGGGUCAUCCACACAAAUCAUCAGAGAUUAAGGUUUUACCUGAGAAAGAGUCCAGCCAAACUGCCACACCUGAGCUUGAGCUUGACCUUGUGGAACAGUCCAAAAAGAAUGAAGAUGAGUCAAAGAAAGAUUCUCAAAUGGUCACUUCAUCUCCUCAAACUGAUAACCAAUCCCAAGAGCUCAAGCAUGUAGAACAGACCAAAAAUGAAAAGGUAGAUUCUCAGACAAUCUCCUCUUCCCCAACUAAUGGAGAGUCACAAGAUAAAACAAGCACUACAAGCCAGUUGGUGAAUGAGGAGAUGGUCAAAGACCAACACCAGACAGUAGAAGGAACAGAUGACAACCUUAGUCAAGAGGACUCUCAAGUGAUCACACCGUCAUCUUCUGAUAGCCAGUCUUUGCGUAGAAGAAGAAGAAGUAAUGUAGCAUCUGAGACAGCCGAAUCGCAGGACUUAAACAACUCAUCCAAAAGGCAGAGUAGAUCUAAUUCUCAGACAAUGGAGUCAGUUGUCAGUCAGGCAGAGCCUAGAAGUGGAGGUAGGACCAGAAAGAGCAAGGUACAAGAGGAACAGUCCAAGUCAAGUCCAGAGAACUCUCAGUCAUUAGAUAAUUCAGAAUCAAGCCAGUCCUCCCAAGGAAGGGGCAGAUAUUCAAGACGAAAAUCUUCACCAGCGUUGGCAGCCAAUAUGGAGUCUUCAGAGUCUGAAUCUUUGGAAGCCAAAGAGACGCCUUCAGUGCCCAAAAAGAGAGGAAGGAAAUCUCGAGCGUCUCUUGCAAGUCCUCUCACUAUUGAACCCAAAGACAUGAUUGAUGGUAAUAUUGCUAAGAUUGAUUCUGAUAUUUCUCAAAAGGAAGAUUCACAAGGCAUAGAAACAACUAAUGUAACAGAUUUGAAUUCCCCAAAAAGCCAAGAUUUGCAGGGCUCUGAAUCCCUCCAGGUUACACCUAACAUUGAGGAGCAAAGUAAUGAAGGAGGACAAAUGGAGGUGGAGGCUGACACUGCUGUACCAUCAGAGCCUGUUGUCAUGGACAAAACUGACACUGAAAACACAAAGGACAGCAGUGUGUCACCUCGCAAGAAAGACGAAACAAAUGCUGAUUCUACGUCACAACAAAGUGACAUUGGAGACUCACAAUCGGCCAAAAUGCUUGAAUCGGUUGAGAUCAGCACUGAACCAAUUCAGGAAGACUUACCAUGUGGCACCUAUGACUUGCCUGCUGGUGACGUACCUGCUGGUGACGUACCUGCUGAGACAACAGAGGAACAACAGGCCUCAGCGUCUUCACAGGAGCAAGUGGCUGAAGUGGCUGAAGUGGCUGAAGUGGCCGAAGUGGCCGAGCCCAAUGACACGGUUACAGAAAACGAAAAGGAAUCGGAUCAAGACCACCAAGAACAUCCAGUAGAGGACACUCCCAGUACCUCUUCCGGACAAAACCCAGAGGAGUGUCCAGAUGUCAUUGAUGAGCCCUCAGUGGAGGAGGAACAGCCUGCUCCCAUCGUAGAAGACAAAUCAACAAACCAGCUCACAGAGGCCAGUUCCGGUGAAGACGUCACACCUCUGGAGGACAGCAGUGGUGACAACAAAACCCAGAUUCUGGAGUGUCAGGAUGAAGAGAAAACUCAGACUUCUAACUCUGAAAACAAAGGAGUCGUAACAUCGGCUGCUGCUCUGAAUGACGUUUUUGUCAUUUUAGAACCGAUGCCCAAACAUGUUUUCCAAGAAUCUCCAAUGAAGCAGAAAGACCUGGAGGCUUUGAUGGAACCUGACGUUGGUCAAAGUCCCAUCAGUGGCAGGACCAGAGGAACCUGGUCUCCCUCAGCCUCCCCUUCUACUAGUAUUCUUAAAAAGGGCCAGAAAAGACCAUUAGAAGAGGAGACUCCCUCACCUCUUAUCAAGUCCCGCCGUGUGUCUUUUGCUGAUCCCAUCCAUCAGCAGGAAACUGCAGAUGACAUCGAUCGUCGCAGUCCGGCCAUCAGAACCAGCUCCCCCAGAAGAUCCAGAAUUAGCAACAUUCCACAGCCCAAAUAUAUUACAACUCCAACAAAGGGCCUGCUAAUCCUGAGUCCCAGAAAUCUACACAGUCCAGGUUACAAGAGCUCCAAGAAAUGCCUGAUUUCUGAAAUGAGCCAGGAGCCUCGACCUGUCUCCAAAGACUGUAUCUACCCUGCCCUUGUUGGCUGCUCUGCACCCGUAGAAGCUGUGCUGCCUCAGAUAUCCUCCAACAUGUGGUCUCGUGGUUUUGGGCAGCUUGUACGAGCCAGAAACAUCAAAACAGUGGGUGACCUCAGUGCUCUGACUCCCGGUGAAAUCAAGACUCUGCCAAUUCGCUCCCCAAAGAUCUCAAAUGUUAAGAAGGCGCUUAAAAGCUAUGAACAACAGCGUAAAGGACGAGGUCUUGAGGAGUUGAAGAGUUUUGAUGAAACCGAGAUGAUGACCUCUGAACUGGAGGAGACGAGCACUCCUCACAACCAGGAUGAGGAGGAUAAGACCUCAGGAGAGACACUAGCCACAGAGCUGGUGGAUGAGCCCGUUCCUGUGGAUGGGAGGAUGGAGGAGAACCACUCCGGGAAUCUGAAGCUUGACCUGCUGGCUGCAGGGGAGCGGCCUAAAGGACUUGUGUCAGAGGUGGAGGCCCUGACCUGCAGGAUGUCACCUCUAGAACUCAAUCGCUGCUCACCACAGCAGCUCGUUCAGAUGCACGAGGAGUUAGGAGGGAUGAUGAGGCGCGUGGUGGUGGAGCUGCAGACACGGGUCUGCCAGACAGAUAGCAAACCUUGAAGAGACUGCUGCUUCUGCUGGAGGAGACGGCAGCACGGACAUAAAAGGCACAGGACAAGAUCAAACUAUUGGAUUCAUUGAGACAUUAUCUGCAACAGUACAUCAUUGCUCAAGUUAAAUCAACUGAAUUGACAAAGGAGGAUUUUAUGCUUUUAACUGGGUAUGGUUUCCCCUUUUUCUCUGCUUUAAAUAUUUUAAAAUAAAUACUAAGUUUUAUGAUCUUAUUUCUCGAGCUGUAAUGCAGCAUAUUUUUAAAGACACUCAAAGGGAAGCACAGUCACACUUUUUAAGCUGUGUUGAAGAUGAAGUCAAGUUUUUUGUUUUGUUUUGUUUUUUAUAGUGCUAGUUGGAGACAAUGGUUUUUUCCUACUUUCCUGUAUAGACUUUGUAAUAAAGGACUGAUGGAAGACAAAUGUAUGUAGAAGAAAAAUAACUUUUUUUUUUUUUUCUCCACACUUUUUUUGAAUUUUCUACUUAUUUUUUCUCAUGUCAAUUCAUUCCUUCAUUCCUCUGUGUGCCUGUUUUUAGGCUGUUUACAGUUCAUCUGUGCCUUUGUAUAUUUUGUAGCAUUUCUCUCAUCUCACUUAAUAUCUUCUCACAUU